UCCAGAUCCAGAGCAAAGCAUGGUUUGUUAUCGCAGUUUUUUCGUACAUUGAUAAUGCAAAAUCCGAGUUUGAAAUGAUGUUGUGAAAUAAUUUCCCUCUUUAUUUUUAGAAGUUACCAUGUCCAAAGCUAUUAAUCAAAUGCAUAUCGACGUGUGGAAAGGUGACUGGGGAUUGCCAACCAUUGAUAUCGAAUGUCUCAAAACUUUGACUUUUAUCAAAUUUGCUGGUGCUCCAGUUUGCGUCAAUAAAACAAGCAAUCCAUUUAAAACUCCUAAUGGUGCUUUACCAGUAUUCAGACACUGCCACACUGUCUUGACUAGUUUUGAAGAAGUCUCCGGGUAUUUGCAAAAACAGAACUACAGUCCAGACCAUAACCUUAGUCCAAAAGAUUGUGCUGAAAUUCUUGCUUAUUCUCGACUCAUGAGAGAAAAACUUUACCCAGCUCUUCAAUACAUCUGGUGGGUUGAUGAACGAAACUAUGUUGAUCUAUCAAGACCCUGGUAUGCGAAAGCUUUGCCUUUUCCAUUAAAUUAUUACUAUCCUGGACAGUAUUCAAAGAGAGCAAAACACUUAUUGGACUCACUUUAUGAAAAUAUUGAAGAAGAACCAGCAGUGAGCAAGAUGUAUGCUGAGGCUGAAAAGUGCCUAACAACACUGGCUCAUCGUCUCGGAGAUAAUAGUUAUUUUUUCGGUAAUAAUCCCACCUCUUUUGAUGCAAUCGUUUUUGGUUAUUUGGCACCUCUUCUCAAAGCCCCCUUCCCGUCGUGUUCACUUCAAAAUCACCUCAAAGCCAGUACAAGCCUUUUGAAAUUUGUUGUCAAUAUUUCCAAAAAGUAUUUUCCAACAGAGCACAAAGAUUAUGAAGAGGAACUAAAGAAGCAAAAGAGUAAAGCUGAGAUCGAAUUUCCCAAUGAACGAAGGAAUCAAAUCAUGGCCGGUAUAUUUGCUGUCAUUGCCAUGCUCGGUUACGCGUAUUCAAUGGGAAUCAUAGAGACUAAAAGGAAAAACCAUGUUGCGCGUUCAUAGGCCUCAGCUUAUCCAAAAGAGAUCAGGUUAGCCUCUGGCUCAUGAAGGAGCUGUCCUUCUUUGCAUUUGCCUUUUCAUUUUUUUUUUACUCCUGUAUCCAUUAACUCUCUGAUUUUUUAAUUUACCAAAUUUUUUGUCUCUAAAUAGUAAAGAAUUCUCUUCCCCCUUAAUAUCCCCUCCUUAGAAGUUUUCUCCAUUCUGUGGUUCUCCUCGGAUGUUUUUAGUUUGACAGAAACUCUUGCCUAAUAUGUUUCAUUCGUGGAGUAAGGACAUAGUAUCAACAUCUACCUAAGUCAAUUUUUGGAAACUCAUGAGUUCUGGAACGGCUUCAAAAACAGCCCUUUUCUCGCAGUCGCGGGAUCAUAAUGUUUUGCCUCUUAAAAAUUUUGGAGGUACAUAUGUUUAUCAUGAAGCUUGCGCUAAAAGCAGUUGUAUACAUAUGUGACUGAAUAAUACAGCAUAGUCUGAUUUAAUUUUGCUGGUAACUAGAAAGUCAAACCCAGUAGAUUGGUGUAGGUUCAAAGUUUCGGAGCGCUUUCUAUGAUGUAAGAGGCUUUUCUCCCUGCAUCUUUUCAAGUAGGUUGUUUUGGAGGUCACUUUUAAAGUCUAGGUUCAUCAAUACCGAAGGUGCAUUUUAUUUGUUGUUUAAAAGUCAAUAGACGAUGGUUGCUCAUUUCAUGCUCUUUUUCUCUUUUUUCUCUUCCGAAAUGUUGGUAGACUCGUCUUUCUUAUUCAAAGUAAAAUGUUGAUGGUUUUUUUUGUAAAUAAAUGAGAAAUAUUUUUUUUUUAAAA